AUGCAGUUCGAGAUCAUCGCGAAGUGCCAUACGACGAAAGCUCGCGUCUCGCGGAUGACACUUGCUCAUGGAGUAACCAUGCUUCCAACAUUCAUGCCUGUGGCGACACAAGCAGCAAUCAAAGGCUUAACCCCUCAGCAAGUAGAACUUCUCGGUGUGACCCUUAUCCUAAAUAACACCUAUCACUUGAACCUGCGCCCUGGAUUGAAAGUCUUAAACGAGGCAGGAGGGGCCCACAAAUUUCAGGGAUGGCAUAGGAACUUGCUGACAGAUAGUGGAGGAUUUCAGCUUGUUUCGCUGAGCAAAUUUACAACGAUAACUGAAGAGGGCGCCCUGUUCGCCAGCCCUUUCACCGGUGAACCGACGAUGCUUACUCCAGAAGAAAGUAUAUCCAUUCAACAUGCCAUUGGUGCGGACAUCAUUAUGCAACUUGACGAUGUAGUUUCAAGUUUGACGACUGGCCCACGAGUGGGGGAGGCUAUGGAGCGAUCUGUGAGAUGGCUUGACAGAUGCAUCAGGCAACACGAGCAAUCAGGAAAAAAAGACACCCAGAACCUAUUUGCCAUUGUUCAAGGGGGUCUCGACCCUGCUCUUCGAGAUCGAUGCUUAGAUGAGAUGAUUGCACGGAGAGACGGAGUUGCUGGAUAUGCAAUUGGUGGUCUUAGCGGGGGUGAGGAGAAAGAUACAUUCUGGCGCAUAAUCAAGCAAUGCGCGGAUAAGCUCCCCGAAGAAAGACCUCGCUACUCCAUGGGCAUUGGCUUUGCUGAAGACCUCCUCGUCUGUGUUGCUCUUGGGGUAGACAUGGCAGACUGUGUUUUUCCGACGCGGACUGCUCGCUUUGGAGUCGCUCUGACCCACCAGGGACCUCUCAACCUCAAGCUAAGCAAACAUGCCCAAGAUUUCGGGCCAAUCGACGAAGCAUGUCCCUGUCCUACUUGCUCUGAGAAAACAUCGCGCGCCAUGCUACAUCACAUCGUCACGCAUGAAACAGUGGCUGCUCAUGCCCUCACCAUACACAACAUAGUGUUCCAGGCGCAAGUUAUGGGCCGCGCACGCUCCGCUAUUAUCGCUGGGACAUUUCCCGAUUAUUUACGUUCAUUUUUUUCGAACUACUUCGGUGACACAGGUUAUCCUGAGUGGUGUGUCAACGCUCUUCGGUCUGUGGGGGUUGAUCUGCUAGAAAACAAUCCCGCAAACGUCGUACCUGGCAAGGGUGCAAAAUGGGAAUAUGCAAAGUCUCCAUGAUACCCAGCCGGAAAUAGCCCAAUGCAAUAAAUCCUUCACCACAACCCUUAACCACAACUAACGUCGUCCGUUCUUGCUACCACGAGAUGGCCUAGCAUUUUUCGCCUUCCGCCGUUCUGACUUCUUUCUCUCUUUCCGGAUUUGUUCACUUGACUUGAGUUCCGUUUUCACGCGUCCGUAGGAUUUUCCUCCGUAUCGGCUUCUUCCAUGUUUUUCUGGUCGUGAUGGGGUUCCAUCGGUUUCUUCUUUCUUUUUCAGUUG